AUGUCAUCUCAAGUGUCCCGGGCUGCCCGCCGCGUAACCCAUGAACUGCAUGGUAUUGUGGUCUCGGCAGGGUUGAUGCAGAAGACUGUCAAAGUCAGAGUCGCAGGGCAAAAAUGGAACAAGAUUGUUAACAAGUUCUACGGCGACCCUAAGCACUACCUCGUUCACGAUCCAAACUCGUCUCUUCGAACAGGCGAUGUUGUCGCAAUUGCGCCAGGUUGGCCAACGUCGCGACAUAAACGUCAUGUGGUGAAACAAAUUAUUGCGCCAUUUGGAGAACCUAUCGAAAGUAGACCUGCUGUGCCGUCAUUGGACGAAAUCAUAGCAGAAAGGGAGACCAAGAAGGCAGCCAAGGAUGAGCGAAAGGCACAAAGGAAGCAAUCCGAAGAGGAACAGCGUUUAGCCCUGAAGAAAGCUACAGCGACGGAGCGCGAAUCGAAACGCACGGCCUGGGAGCAGCUCAAGGCAAAGUCCGGUCAAUAG